AUGAAACUGUUCACCUACGAAGCCUGGGGUGUACCCAGGGCCGGCUUCGACACAUCACACUCAUUCGUUCGAUCUCACUUCAUCUCACCAAUCACUCUCGCAUGUAUCCGCGCCCUACUAAGCUUAUACUGCUUCACGACAAUUAUAACAUGCUAUUCCUGGCUGGCGCACGAGACAGCCACAAUUAAGCUCAAAGAUGUCAACAUUGGAUCCUACACCAUCCAGCAAGGCGACGCAGCUAUCGGACAAUCAUUCAGUUUCUUCACAUACCUUACUUUCUGGUCACUUGGCUUUUACUUCCUCGUAUCGAGCGUGCAUACCUUCAUGUACGCGUUCCGGCAGAGGACAUGGCUACACGACUGGCCUAAAUACCUGCAGCUGUUGCAUAGCAUGUACUACUCCACCAUGACUUCGUUUCCGUUUCUAGUCACGAUUGUCUUCUGGGGUACCAUGAACUCUGGAUGGCCAGCCGGACGGUUUGAACAGUGGAUCAACAUAUCUGUCCAUGGCCUCAACAGCGUCUUUGCUGCGACUGAGAUCGUGCUAUCGGCUACCGAACCAUUGCCGUGGCACCAUCUAUCCGUUGUCCUUGGGGUCCUGUCGGUAUACCUCGGCCUUGCGUACCUCACUCGAUAUGCGCAAGGGUUCUAUGUGUAUGAAUGGAUGAACCCAGCUCACGGCAACGUUAGCAUCAUUCUUCAUGUCUUGGGAUAUGCCGGUGGAAUGAUUGCACUGUUUUUGCUAGCAAGAUACGCAAUGGUUGCGAGGAAUAUGCUCGCACAGAGACUACAAGACCAAGAUGAUACUGAGUAUGGUGAGAAAGGAAUCCAGCUCGAUGAUCGGUCUGACACUUGGUCGGCGAAGGUCGGGGUGGUCAAGCCGACGCCUAUGCGCGUGCAAAAGAAGCCAGAGGCAAUUGUUUCGGAAGUCUAA